GCCAUCUAUCCAAUCAGAGAACCUUACUGCUGUUGCCUUAUUUACAUACUUCCUCUACCUAUUAUCCAAUCAGAUGUUGGAUGCAAAUGACGUAGGUUGAGGGCCAUACCUGUAGAUAUCACACUUCGCUCCAGUCAAACGUCACUUACUGAUCUCCCAGUGAACUUGUAAGAUGAACAUGCUGCAGCUUGCUUCAAAGGGCCCUACAACUUCCAAAAAGGGCUUCAAGAAGGCAGUCGCUAAAACUCAAAAGAAGGAGAGUAAAAAGCGCAAGAGAUGCUGCCAAGAGAGCUAUUUUGUUUACAUUUACAAGGUGCUGAAACAGGUCCACCCGGACACUGCAAUCUCUUCCAAGGCCAUGAGUAUCAUGAAUUCUUUUGUUAGUGACAUUUUUGAGCGCAUUGCAGGUGAGGCUUCCCUCCUGGCGAAUUAUGACAAGCACUCGACCAUCACCUCCAGGGAGAUCCAGACGGCCAUGCGCUUGCUGCUGCCCGGGGAACUAGCCAAGCAUGCUGUGUUGGAGGGCACCAAGGCUGUCACGAAGUACACCAGCUCCAAGUAA